AUGCUACUACGGUGGCUGCUUUUACCACUUGUGGUGACGUUAGCAGCAGUUGAUGAUAAUGCAUUUAUAUCCGCAAUGAAAAACUUAUUUUUCGGAUCGGAGCAGUUCAAUGCUACAGCACAAGCAGAACUACAAAUGCACCCGUCACCGACAGCAACCAGUUAUCCGACUUAUCGACAACUCUCAGCCGGCAACUCUCAAACGUCCGGUUCUGCUUGCAUGAUGCCGCAACAAAUCGGUACAGGACCUUAUAGAAUACCAAGAUGGUACUUCAACCCAGCUCGAGGCCGAUGUGAAUUGUUUUACUGGUCCGGAUGCUGUGGAAACGGCAACAAUUUCCAAACUUUCCAAAGUUGUCAGUCUACUUGCGAAGUCGAUCCAUGUACACAAGAGCAAGCGGCCGGAGUAGGCUCAGCUCAACUAACUCGUUUUUACUUCGACAAAAAGACGAAACUCUGCGAGGAAUUCAUGUAUUUCGGAGCCGGAGGCAAUCGAAAUAACUUCCUCACAUUGGAGGAGUGUCAGGCGCAGUGUCCAGAGUCACCAAAUCCUUGCGCAGUCUCCAGCGGAAAUUCUGUUCUGAUCCCUUGUACCCCGGGGGUGAACACAUGUGGACAAGGAAACUUUUGCCAUGUUGGCGCCACGCCUCAAACGACAACUUGCUGUCCCAAACCAGCUCCAAUUGAUCGAUGCCAGCAACCGUUGAACCUUGGAGUUGGUAAUGCAAAUCUUCAGCGAUGGUACUUCAAUCCGCUAACGCAACAAUGCCAACAAUGCAUCUACCGUGGUCUGCAAGGCAACGAAAAUAAUUUCCUCUCAAGACAAGAAUGCGAAAACUCCUGCAUUGUUAACCCAUGCAAAAUCGGAGCCCCGUACCGUACCCAAGGUGUUAUUGUACAAUGCUCUGCAGCUAACCCUGGAGUAUGCCCAGCUGGCCAUUACUGCCAUUAUGGGGCAGAUUCCACAACCACUGUUUGCUGCCAGGCAAUUGGGAGCAAUCCAUGCGGUGAUCCAUUCACGAAAGGAGAAGGAAACGGGGCUUUGACGCGAUUCUACUACGAUCCGCUGAAACGAAAAUGUCUCGCCUUUAACUACUUCGGCAUGAAGGGAAAUCAGAAUAACUUCCUAACGCGAGAAGCUUGCGAGAAAGCAUGCCCAAUAUGGGUAAAUCCUUGUGCAGUGGGUCAACCCAUCCUGAACGCUGAUCGCAAGCCCUUCAGAUGCCACCAAGGAGCUACCUGCGCCUCUGGCUACUACUGUCACAUCGGCUUCGAUGAAACCACAACUGCUUGUUGCCCAUCCCAAGGCGAUCCUUGUAGCCUUAUUGUAAAAGAAGGCAAAGGAACCCAAAAUAUACAAAGGUGGUUCUACAACCAAAAAACGCGCCAAUGCCAGCCGUUUACCUACUAUGGAAUGGGAGGAAACGAGAACAACUUCUUGCUGCGUGAACAUUGUGAAUCUACUUGUCCUGUUUGGGUAAAUGCUUGUCCACAAGGAGAAGCCUACCUCCUUCCAUCAGGACGACCUCAACAAUGCGAUCCAGCAAAUGAAGACACUUGUCCGUUGACCCAUUGGUGCCAUCCUGGUAAAGCUAUCUACCUUUCACCUACAAACAAGAUUACAGGCUUGGAUUUCCUUGAAUGGCCGGAUAUGACGACAACGAUGUGCUGUCCAGGUCGGGUCGAUCCUUGCACAAGAGCAAAAUCUGAGGGCGAAGGACCACUGGCGCUGACAAGGUACUAUUUUGAUGCUGCCCAGCGGCAAUGUCUACAGUUUGUGUUUCGAGGAAUAAGGGGAAAUGCGAACAAUUUCCUGACUAAAGAACUUUGCGAAUCGCGCUGUCCAGUACAACUGAAUCCAUGUCCAGUAUCGAUGAGCUCCCUGAAGACAACGAUGAUGCCGCUUACCACUUGUUCGAGAACGAUGAAGUGUCCUGAGGCGCAUUGGUGUCAUAUUGGAGAGACGAACGAUACUACCGUAUGCUGUCCAAAUGCUCUUCCAAAUCCAUGCACUGCUCCACCACGCAACCCUGGUGAUGGUCCUUGGCAUGCAACAAGAUGGGCCUUUGAUGGUAACAGCCGCAAGUGUGUACCGUUCGAAUACCGUGGUUUGCACGGAAACGCCAAUAACUUCCUUACCCGCGAAGAUUUAUUCACCAAUCCCUGCAAAUUGGGUGAACCCUAUGCCCUAGGAAAUAGGUAUCUUACCUGUGGUCCAACGACACUAUGUCCAACAACCCAUUACUGCCACUUGGGCGCUGAUGCAAAUUAUUGUUGCCCUUCGCUGGGUCCUGAUCCUUGUACUCAGCCGAUGGACAGAGGUGUCGGGUCUGCACAACUGCAAAGAUGGUACUGGAACGCACAAACUAGGCAGUGCACGGCUUUCAACUACUGUGGUACUAAAGGAACUCAAAACAAUUUCCUGAGUAGACAGGAGUGUGAACGAACUUGCUACGUUUAUGAAAACCCGUGCGCCCUUGGUCAACCCCAGAUGACUGCCGAUAAUCGCCCACAAACCUGCUCAGUUGGCUCGAACACCUGUGCUGCUAGCUACUGGUGCCACUUUGGUGCCAGCCAGGAGACAACCGUAUGCUGUCCUGGAAGAGUGCAAGGACAGGCAAUUUGCCAACAACAACUGGCACUUGGCAGCGGCAACGCUGCUUUGCCAAGGUGGUACUACGAUGCGCAAAGCAUGCGAUGUGUUCAGUUCUUCUAUAGAGGACGUCUUGGCAAUCAGAAUAACUUCCUUAACCGAGAGGAUUGCGAACAAACAUGUCCCGUGUACAUCAAUGUUUGUCCGGAGGGCAACCCACUGAUCGAUCCAAGUACAAAUCGUCCUGUACCGUGCACUUUCGGAUCUGACACAUGUGGUGAUGGCUACUGGUGUCACUUGGGACUUGUCCCAGACGAGUAUCAGUGUUGCCCAGGAGAGCCAACAGUGCCUGGCGCAUGCCAGGGUCUGCCCGAAGAGACGGGAGAGCUCGGCGCUCCUGCUCCCCCGGCCACUCGCUACUACUACGACCAGGAAGAGAUGACAUGCAAAGAGUUCAUCUACAAUGGUCGCAAGGGAAACCAAAACAACUUCUUGACGCUGGAAGAUUGUGAACGAACUUGCGAGGUGUUCGUGAAUCCUUGCAACCAGCCCAUCUCUCUUCCACCUACAAUGUGUUCGGCAACAAAUCCAAGUACUUGUGGUCCCAGUUCAUACUGUCACAUCGGAGCCACACCGGAUACGACCGUGUGCUGUCCUAGCGAAGGAGACCCAUGCUCGCUUCCGAUGAGUCGUGGAACCGGUAAUGCUUACCUGCAACGAUGGUACUACAAUCAACAAUCAGCAAGUUGUCAACAAUUCACAUAUGCCGGCCUUCAAGGAAACGAAAACAACUUUUUGACUAGAGAGGCCUGCGAAGAACGUUGUGGACCCAACCCAUGUUUCGAAGGGCGACCGUUCCUUGGUGUAGAUGGACGACCACAAACAUGCUCAGCCUCCGCUAGUCUGAACACAUGUCCAGCAAAUUAUUGGUGCCAUAUUGGAGCCGACAUGAGCACUACCGUAUGCUGCCCUGGAGCAUCUACUAACAUCUGCAAUCUGCCCAUGUCAACUGGAGAAGGAAACUACAACCUUGAACGAUUUUACUUCGAUUCAUCAACCAGAACGUGUCGUCCAUUCAUCUACAAUGGGCUCAAGGGCAAUCAGAACAAUUUCAUCACAUUAAGAGCUUGUCAAUUAGCAUGCCAGCCGCUCGACAAUCCUUGCAUUGGGCAACCGGCUACCACAGCUGCUGGACAGGUAUUGUUCUGCUCGUCAACAAAUAAAGAUACCUGUCCAGUCAACUUCUGGUGCCAUGUCGGUGCCACACCGGAGACAACUGUUUGCUGUCCAGGAGCAACGAAUGCCUGUUCCGUACCCUUGGCUCCAGGUACUGGUAAUGCCGGGUUAUCACGGUGGUACUACAAUACUGAUGAUAGGCAAUGUCUUCCUUUCCAAUAUAACGGAAAACGAGGAAAUCAAAAUAACUUUGAGUCACAAGCAGAAUGCGAAAGGACUUGUCCAGUGUUUGUGAACCCUUGCCUGGGUGAAGUGGGCCGUGACGCGAACGGUACACCAAGAGUAUGCAGUCCAGUGAAUCCGGAGCCGUGUCCUAGCGGUUUCUUCUGUUUACCUGGAGAUCCUGCAGUGAGGAAUUCUAGCUAUUGCUGUCCACGAUUGAAUCAAGACCCUUGUGAUUCAUCAUGGACGGAAGGCGAUGGCGAUGAUUCAUUCGAACGAUAUUAUUACAAUCCUGUAGAAGGAGAUUGUUAUCCAUUCCGAUAUAAAGGCCAAAAAGGCAACGAAAACAAUUUCUUAACAAAGAAAAUGUGCCAGGAGAAGUGCAAACCUAUAGCGAAUGUCUGCUUUGGUGGUGAACCACCGCUGUCUUCACCAACUGGACGAGUUGUCCAGUGUUAUACACAGCCAUGUCCAGCCACUCACUACUGCCAUCUUGGCAAAGAUUACAAAUCAACUGUAUGCUGUGAAAAGAAAGGGUCACCCUGCGAUCAGCAACUUAUGCUAGGGGUGGGAGAUGCGGUGCUGCCUCGCUUCUACUACGACGUAGUCGAAGACGACUGUUUGCCAUUCAACUACACAGGAAUUGGCGGCAACGAAAACAACUUUCCCACACGUGCCCAAUGUCAAAUUACUUGCCCAGGAUACCGGGACUAUUGCCCACAUGGGAAGCCACAUAUAGUUGCUGGGAUAAUGACAAAGUGUGGCAUUGAUACAUCAUGUCCAAUCAACCACGUAUGUCACGUUAGUAGACGAAACUCCAGAAGCAUUUGCUGCCCUGAUCCAGCACAAUUUUGCACAUUGGAACGAGAUCCCGGCCCAUGCAGUGGGAAUUUCACCCGCUAUGGUUAUGAUGCAGAAGCCGCUGUGUGUCGAAAGUUCAUCAAGCUCAAGAAAACUCAUCACCCUCGAAAGCAGUGGACAGUGUAUAAAUAUCCCUGCUUGCUGGGUAAGGAUACCUACCCAAACGAGAAAGAAGAACUAUGCUUACUCUCGAUUGAUCGAGGUGCUUGUGGAGGAAGACAAACACGUUACGCAUUCAAUCGGCAAACUAGCCAAUGUGUACCUUUCGAUUACACGGGUUGCGGAGGAAAUCUGAACAACUUUGUCUCAAUGAUGGAUUGUAUGGCCACAUGCGGAAACGUCGGAUUCCGAUAA